CAGAUGUUAGCACGGGUGAUCAGGAGCUGCAUCUCUGUCUGGAAGAAGAUCAUCAUUUGACGUUGUCGGCUGUGUGUCCUCCUCACCUGCUCGUCGUUGACGGUGUUGUUUGUGUGUAGUGUCACAUGCGAUGGUGAAACUGCGCUGAGGGAUUUGCUCAGAUCGCCAUGACGGCUCUCCGAAGACUCAACUGUCAAUAACGGUGUUUAAAAAGACACACGGGCCACACUCGCGGUGAUGGAGUUCCCCCAGCAUUCCCAGCAGCUCCUGACCGCUCUGCGUUCCCAGCGUCAGCGGGGCUUCCUCUGUGACUGCACUGUCGUGGUGGGAUCAUCCUGCUUCCUGGCUCAUCGUGCUGUUUUGGCCUCCUGCUCGCCUUUCUUCCACAUGUUUUACUCGGAUUCCCCAGGCAGCAAUGGUGGAAACAGCUCUGUCACACUGGACAGUGACAUUGUCACGGCUGCUGCUUUUGGCUUGCUCUUGGACUUUGUCUAUGAAGGUGUGCUGCAGCUGGAGGAGUCUCCACCAGUUGAGGACGUAUUGGCGGCUGCGAGCUUUCUGCACAUGAAUGAGGUGGUCAGAGUGUGCAAAAGACGACUGCAGAGACGAGGGCCUCUGGCUGAGGCAGACAGCACUCGCUCCGAAGAGAGUGCUGGUGUGAGGAAGGCAGUAGAGAUAGGAAGAGAUGGUGGGGGUGGAGCUGAGCCUGUGGUGGCCAUGGCAGGAGAUCACUUGAAUUCAGUCGCAAUGGCCGUGCGACUCUCACCAGUGGCGGUGAGGAGGCAGUUGGAGUCUGUGAAGUCUGAGCGGAGGACUGGUGGGGGGUCAUUAGAGGCACGGAUUCACACUCCUCUGAGCCCUGAUCUUGCGGAUACCACUCAGCCAGGUAUGGAUGCCCCUCCUUUGCCCCCAGGCAGAGAGCAGGUGCAGGGCCUCAUCACUGGUCAAUCUGUCCCCGCCUCUGGAGGUCACACGAGGAUGGUGAUUGGAGGUCAGGGGGAGGGGUCGGCACUCGGGAGCCCCUGCAGCACCACAGAGAUGUACAGCAGCAACCAGCAGCCCUCUUCGUCGUCUUCUUCCUCCCUGAUCCCAGUGAGUUUGGCUGGUGGGCGGUCAGGGGUUGCUCUGUCAGAAUCCAGUCUCUCCCCUAGACUUCAUCAGGACGUACCACGACUUCCCCGUGACAAUGAUGUUCGGAAACCCUUGGAGACUGACCACAGAGGCACAUCAGACGGAGGACAACAGAGGCUCAUGUUAAUCCAACCGUCAGCAUCCAACUCACACUUACAGUCCAAUCCAACACAAUCACCAAUUCAGCGUGCACCUCCCCAAAUCCGAAUCCAGAACACUUUGUCAGUUCAAAGCCAAAGCUCAGACUUUCACAUUCAUUGUCAGACACAAACCCUUGGGGGGCCUGAGGGGGAUACCAGAGCCUCACACCCCAUAAGAAGUGUAGGCAGAGUGCAUACAGACAGCAGUGACGAGAAGAAUGUCAAAGUCAAAGUAGAGGCCAUAGUUAUAUCUGAUGAAGAGCUGGAGGAGGAGAACAGAGAGAGAGAACCAGUGAUGGAACUGGACAAUGAUUUUGAAGAUGACAUCCAGGAAGAGGAGCUGAACAGUCCUCAGUUUCUCCACUCCCACCCGCAGGCCCUACUACAGAUGACGUCCCAUUCAAAUGACUACUCCUUCCCCCUCUCUCCGUCCUCCUCCUCUUCUGGUGCCGGCCCUUCCUCCCAGGAAAACUCUUUUGCCGCCUCCCUCAUUCCUCCGUCCACAGCUCAGCAGCAUUUAGACCCUCCAGCGUAUUUCCAGGACUCUAUGGGUAACUUCAUGGAGGACGUCCCCACUUGUGGCGUCUGUGGAAAGACAUUCUCAUGCACGUACACGCUAAGGCGCCACGCCAUUGUGCACACACGCGAGCGCCCUUACGAGUGCCGCUACUGCUAUCGGAGCUACACACAGUCCGGCGACCUGUACAGACACAUUCGCAAAGCUCAUGACCACACGCUGCCGGCCAAGCGCAGCAAGGCAGACAUGGAUCCCUCCCUGCCCCCACAAGCACCACCAGAUCUCAGUUAACACACACUGUUGUAUUUCAAUACUUAUUCACACCCACACCAAAACUUUAAUAUGAUACACUGACUGAAAUAAUGCCUUCAACCCUAUAAUGAGUUAGCGAUUACUUUUUUAAAUCAAUUGAUGAAUUGUGUUGACUGAAAAUCUCUAUCACAAUGUCCCAACACCCAAAUAGUUUCUUGUUAUUUUCUUAUUUUAUCCAAUCAACAGUUGAGACUGAAACAUUUUAUAACACUUCAAUAAUCGAAAUAUUCACGUUUGAGAGGCUAAAUUCUUUUUUCGUAUUAAAUAUAAAAGCCAAUCUGCUUUCAAAAUCUUACAUUUUCAGAAAUAAACCCUUUUUCAGAAAUAAACACUAAUCUGUUUAUUUCUAUCGCUGCUUUAUUUUCUUUCUUUCAUACUUAAUACUACAUUGUCACAUUUGACACUACCCUGAAACAACAAAGCGUACCUGAUAGAUUUUUUAAAUUUAUAUGACAAUAAUGUUUAUAACAUUUCUAAAAGCACUCUUCCCAUUCCCUUAGUUGUGCUGCCUCUCAACCUGCAACCAAAAAAGUUCCUUCUCAUUUUAUUCAAAUAUCUCAAAAUAUUUUUAUCUUUGUAAACACCCUGGACUGAAGUCCCCGUCUGUCUAUUCUAGUGAGGACGUUUCCACAUGAAUACUGAAAUACAAUAAUUCAUACUGAGAGUAAAUGUUUGGGUAUUAAAUGUUAUUAGAAAGAAUAAAUCAUGUAUGAAAAUGUUUGAAAAAGUCAUUUGACAUUCUCCACUCAAAUCAUCAGUUUAUGUCAAAGCAACACCAUGUAGCUUUUAGUGAACAGCAGCGCCCUCUGCAGCCACACAUGGGGAUUAAUUAUGUUUGACCACCUCUGAGCAAUGAAUUGGUUUUCAUCAGGAGAAAAACAUCUAUCCAUGUGUUGCGUAGUCCCACUCACUGCACUAAAACACAACUGAGCGGUGGAUAUAAUCCCAUGAUCCCCGGCUUCCUGAACCAGAAGCUGCUCUCUGUUCAAGGAGUCCAAACCAAAGCAGCAUCAUUCUCUGGAAUUCAAGUGAGUGAAUCAUCGAAACUCAAUUCGAAGCUGCUAUUUUAAGGUUGAAAAGUUGCUUACUGUUGCUGAUUUAUAAAAUUGUCUUUCCGGUGUGACUGUGUCCUGACAGAGAUCGACCUAUGUCCUUCCAUGAUUUACUGUUUGGUGUUAUUUACAGGAUGAAACUGUGUUCUUUAUGUGGCAGCACAUAUCUGCAGAAAUGAUAUAAUUAGAAACUGAUCGUGCAGUUUAUAUCUUAUGAAACUUACUUUGCCUUUUCUCAUCAGUGCAGCAACGUUACAAACGGACUGAAUUCUCAAAAUCAUUCCUUUAAAUUAAAUAUUUAAAUGACAAACAAUACGCUGUAAAUUUAGCCGGAUUCUCUCAGCACUGUGCCUUAUUAUGUCCUGCCUUGCAACAGACUCAUGACAUUUACCAUCAGCAUCUAAUAAAAGAUGUUAGGAAUGAAAAACAAGUUAAACUAUGUGAACCUACAUUCCCUGGUAGGGUAUUAGAGUAGAGGUGAGGAAGCAGUUAUUAUCUUUUGUCUUUGCUUAUUCUGUAUUUUUUCCUGUCGUAGAAGACUGCAUGUACAGUGUGAACACAUGGUGACACAAGCAGAAAACAUGCCUCCUGUUGAAAUCUAAAACUGUAAAUGUGCCUCAAUGACUGUUUGACACUGUGGAAUUUGUUCUUCUUCUGCACCGUUUCAA